AUGAUUAUAAAGGUGGAAGGCGGAAGUGGGAAAGCCCAAAAAACCAGAGAAGUAGUGUUGAACGACGAGGAACUCAGGUGCUUCCGCACAAAAAUAUGCAAUAAUUUGGUUAAGGGGAGAUGCAAUUUCAAGGAAUCUAGAUGUAUUUUCAGUCACAACACUAUAUGUACUAGAAGAUGUCCUCUAUAUCUAUCAAACACUUCGUUCAUCAGGUACAUUCCACUUUUCUGUUCUCAUGUGGUCUUCACUCAAAAUUUCAAGACUGUAAAAUCUAACUGUCCUUUUGGGAAUGAAUGUAUUUAUUCUCAUUCGCUUGAUGAGAUUUUAUAUCACCCUCAGUUCUACAAAACUAUAACUUGUGAACAUUAUCUAAAGGGGGUUUGCAAGCACAUUUUUUGCCCAUUUGUUCAUGAGGAUUCCGAGAGAAGACAAAUUAAACACUAUAAGCUCCCCUUUACAAAUAAUCUAUACAUUCCUCCAAAUAAAUACAUCACUGUAGUGGAUACUAUUAAUCAGAGGUCGGGUUCAAAGAAGAAGAGUGACUCAGACAGUUCCACCACUCACAGCACCGGUCAAUCUCCUGGUUUAGUACCUGAGAAUAGGACAAUCAGUGAUGCCGAAUUACAGGCUGAUCUUAACAUUUUAAGGGGAAUGUGUACUGAGAGUGGUAUGCCUUACGAUUUCAAGGACUACGAUGAUUAUCAUCAGACUCGCCGUGUUUCAAACUAUUCCAGCAGGUUAAACUCCAUUGACCAGCUUUUAUCUCAGCUAACUACUACACUAGAUGAUUCUUUCAUGACUAAGGAGAUGUUGUACGAGUCGAUAAAGGGUCUUCUGGAUACUCCUAGGGUUCCAGGUGGAUAA